AUUCUUUUAUCUGCAGGUCUCUAGCUUAACAUUAAAAUCACUUGAAGGUGCUACGUCUGCGGAUUUGGCCGAAAUUGAACAGAUAGUAAAGGAGAGAAUGGAACAACACUCAGAAAACCAGGAACGUCACUCGCUGAUGCGGGAUGCCAAAUCAGAGAACGCAAUUUCCGAAUAUGGCGGUGACCUUUCAGCUCAGGGUUUCUCGAACGAAGCCACGGCUCUGGCUUUCAGCGGCGACGAGAGCGACAAACCAUCCUCCGAAGACAACAUCGAUAGCGCAAAAAAGACGGAAAUCUUGUUGAGGAAGAGAGAGUACGUCUUGCAAGAACUGAUUGAUACGGAAGAGGCAUACGUCAGAGAUUUAUGCUUGAUCGUCGAUGGUUACAUAGCCGCUAUGAAGGAUCCCGAAUGCGACAUACCCAUGCCUGAUGAUUUGAAAGAUGGAAAGGACAAAUUGGUGUUUGGAAAUAUUGAAGUCAUUUAUGACUGGCAUAAAAACUUUUUCCUUAAAUCCCUAAAACAAGCCGUAGAAAAUCCAAUUGAACUAGCUUCGCUUUUCAAACGUUACGAACGCAAGCUGCAAAUGUACGUUAUCUAUUGUAAGAACAAACAUGUAUCCGAAUAUAUUGUUUCCGAAUAUCUUGAAACUUAUUUCGAAGAUUUACGGGUAAAAUUAGGACAUAAGUUACAACUGUGCGAUUUGCUUAUUAAGCCUGUGCAAAGAAUCAUGAAGUACCAAUUGAUGCUUAAGGAUAUAUUGAAAUACACAGAAAGGGCGGGAAUAGCUGUGGAAAUAGAGCCGCUUAGAGCUGCUUAUAAUAUUAUGGUGGUUGUACCAAAGACUGCUAAUGAUAUGAUGGAUGUAGGAAGACUACAAGGAUUUGAGGGUAAAAUAACUGCACAAGGAACCCUCCUUUUCCACGGAAUGCUGAUAGUAUCAGAUCUUCCCGGACCAGGAACCAAUCCUAUCGUAGGAAAGAAUAAGGAAUUGCACGUGUUUUUCUUUGAGCAAAGUAUUAUAUUUUCCGAAGUUGUAGGCAAGAAAACACCGUUUACUAGUCCACAAUAUAUUUAUAAAGCUCAUAUACAAGUUAACAAAAUGUCCUUACAACCCAAAGAUGACUGCUUUGUAAUACAAUCGACGGACCCCAGCCGUAGUAUGGGAUUCGUGUGUCAGACUGCGACGGAAGAGUUGCAAGAACAAUGGCUGAUCACCAUCUCGGACACCCUCCAAAAACAGAAGGAUUUCCUUAAGGCCAUCCAGAGUCCUAUAGCUUACCAAAAAGAGUUGACCACUAAAGAAGCUUCCUUAUCCGACCUCUCAGUGUGGGAAGUGGCCCCUCUCAGAAGAGCCCUACCGCAGGGGUCUCCUUCGGAACCCAGUAAGUCUCACAGAAAAAAUCAUUAUGUCCACAAAGCGAACACCAUCGGUAUACCAUCAGAGGAUGACUUGAACGAUCACAAAAACAAUAAUCCCAGAUCAAGACUGAACUUUUUCGAAGGAUUUAAGAAUACUUUGAGAAAUAAACAUAAAAGUGAUACUGUGGUAUUGGAAACUGCUAAAGAAAAUAGUGACAAGAGUGAUAUGCAAAGGAGGUGGUCAGAAGCUAAUCAUUCUACGACUGAUAAUUUUAUAAUGCCUCCCGGCACCCAAGCACGCUUAGUGUGCGAAUGGCCGUGUUUAAACUUAGGAGAUUUAGUAACAAUAAUUGGUUACGAACCCACCCAAGGAUAUCAAGUCAGAUCCACCACGAACCUUGACGAAUUAUGGAUUCCGGCCCACGUUUUGGCCAACCACAAUCGCAAACCAUGGUCGUUUCGAUUUAAAAAACCACGAAAAUCACUGGAGGGCGUUAUUUCCGAAAAUCCUGUUCCCGAAUUCCGCGACAAAAUGAAAGAUAUUACCGUUCAAACUGGAUCGAAAGUAGUGCUUAAAUGUAGAGUCAGGAAUUGUAAUCGGAAUACCAAGUUGACUUGGAAAAAGGUGGAACCCAAUUUGGGUGUACUGCAGAAUGGAAAAUUUUUACAAGGAGACUGUGAAGAAGGAAUAGCAAUGUUAAGCAUCGAUAACAUCAAGCCUACGGAUGCCGGUAUUUACUCUUUAACAGUAUCAAACGAAUUCGGUAGUAUAUCGUGCAACGCCAAAGUAAAUGUAACGAAUAGUUAUCCACCUGUCCCGGAACCCAAGAUUCAAGUAAUAUCGUGUUCGAGUGUGUCUUUAGAAUGGGAAAGCAGCCAUUAUUCCCAGUUUAUCAUGGAGUAUUGUAAAUUAGGAUCAGGAGAAUGGAUUUCACCGAAUAAUAACCAACCAGUUAAUUCUCAGUCUUUUACUGUGGAAAAUCUGAUUCCCGGAGAGACUUAUAGUUUCAGAAUUGUUUCAGCUCAAAACAAUGUCGUCAGUUUACCGAGCAUUGCUGUCACUCUGCCGGUUGCCGAGAAUUUGAGGUGGCAGCAGGAACAAUUCAAGCAAAGAUACAUAGAGCUUGACGAAAUAGACCGAGGAAGAUUUUCCGUUGUCCGAUUAGCUAGAGACAGGGGAACGGGAGAAGAGGUGGCACUAAAGCAAGUGAUUCGACGAAAACAACCACAUCAUGUUACUCAAGAAGAAUACUCAUUAUUAUCGGGAAUGCAACAUUCCAAUAUUAUUAGAUCUUUGGCUUUAUUCGAUAAUGCUCCUCUACCAGGCAUCGAUACCAUCAUUUUGGAACUAGUCAAAGGUCCGUUAUUAUUUAAGUACAUCAGUGAUAAAGAAACAUACAGUGAGUCUGACGUUCGAAAUUAUACCACCCAGCUAAUAUCUGCCUUAAAAUGGUUACACCAUAAAAGUAUUGCACAUCUGGAUGUCAAGCCAGAAAACAUCAUGGUAGACGUCUCGUUUCCCACACCCCUGCUAAAAUUAGUCGACUUCGGUGACUCAGUCAACACGUCGAAAAACGUAAUCUUGCCACCCGCUUGCCUGGAAUUCGCCUCUCCCGAACUGGUCCUCGGCCAACCCGUGGGCACCCACACGGACUGCUGGGCCCUCGGGGUUUUCCUUUAUGUAAUGUUAAGCGGGGUUUCCCCAUUCCUUGACGAUUCCGUGGAAGAAACCACGGCGAACAUUUUAAAAUGUGAUUUCUGUUUUCCCGAUGAGUAUUUCGGCGAGGUAUCUCAAGAGGCGAAGGAACUGACGAAGUCUUUGUUGGUGCUACUGCCUACACAAAGAUUAGACAUGGAGAAGUGUCUUCAAUGCGUUUGGAUAAAAGAGGCCACAGGUUCAGCAGCAAUACCUUCAGCCAGAUUAAAGAUGUUCAUGCAACGAAGACACCCUAUGAAUCUGACACCCUCCUGUAACCUUACUUAUUAUAGAGAGGACGUUCUUUAGUCGAACUUUUAGAUAUUAUUUAUAUACAUUUUACAAUACAAUUUUUGA